AUGAAGCUUCUCGGCGAUUAUGAGGNNNNCUUUGAUACCCGGAAGACUACCAAGUUUGGGGUUUACUCGGGUGACUUCAAAUUGGACGAAUAUGACAGCGUCGCCACCGACGUGACGGUUUACGCCAAGACGAAAGAGUACAACGUCAACGAUGAGGACUUCCGUUAUCUCACCGUUGAUGUCCACGGAGGCACCUUUGGGCAUUGGUUUGGUUACUACCCGACCGUGAAGAUGUACAAUGGUGUCGGCAAUGCGUACAUCAGCGCCUAUUACUUCCGUCCUCUUCCUGUCGAACCUGACAUGAUUACUGGAAAUCAUUCAGUAGGUGAGGAAGCAACCACCACACCCAAGCCGGUGGAUGGUGAGCACGGCCGGGACGAGGAUUAUCAUCACGUCACCUUGACGGCCAAGGCCAGGGCUAACAUCUACCUCCCAUGGGGUCAGACGGCUGUUCCUUGCUUUGGUCCCGAUGGUGGCGAUGGCGCCUGGUAUAUGAUGCAUCAGUUUGGUGAUGAGAGGCUUCAUUGUGUCGUCUUUGAUGGUAAGUAUAAGACAUGGUAUUCUGCUGAUCAACCUAAGAAGAGGGAUCCUGUGUGGGUAACGUCCGGCGAUGUUCUCCUCGCCAUGAGGAAGCGUUCUGGUUACAUGCGGGGAUACCGCGUUAAGGUCCUCGCUCACGGCCUCCCAUUCAUCCUCCAGUGGAGGGGAGUCCAACGCGGUAUGCAGUCCACUACGGCGAAGAUUGAGAGGGGAUGCGGCGGCUUUUGCGUUUUUGGCGACUACGGCCCGAUGUAUACCGUUGACGACACCUACCGGGUUGAGGACUCGACUAUUGAGCUCAGCUUCGACCAUUCCGUCCUCACGGCUACAACACCAUACCCUCCCCAUGAUACUACGGAAACACCAGAGAUGCCGGGGACGGGGGCGCCUGUAGAGUCUACUACUACCGAGGCCCCUGUAGAAGAAUCUACUACUGAAGCCCCUGUAGAAUUGUCCACUACUGAGGCCCGCGUAGAUGCGGCUACUACUGAAUCUCCUGUAGAUGAGUCUACUACUGGCGCCCCUAUAGACGAGUCCACUACUGAAGCUCCUGUAGGUGAGGCUACUACCGAAGCCCCUGUAGAUGUGUCUACUACUGAGGCCCCUGUAGACGAGUCCACUACUGAAGCCCCUGUUGGUGAGUCCACUACUGAGGCCCCUGUUGACGAGUCUACUACUGAGGCCGCUGUAGAUGACUCUACUUCUGAGGCCCCUGUUGGUGAGUCUACUACCGAGGCCCCUGUAGACGGGUCUACUACUGAGGCCCCUGUAGACGAGUUCACUACUGAAUCUCCUGUAGGUGAGGGUACCACUGAAGCCCCUGUAGGCGGGUCCACUACUGAAGCCCCUGUAGGUGAGGCUACUACCGAAGCCCCUGUAGAUGUGUCUACUACUGGAUUCCCUGUUGGUGAGUCUACUAGUGAAGCACCUAUAGAUGAGUCCACUACUGAGGCCCCUGUAGACGGGUCUACGACUGAAUCUCCUGUAGACGAGUCUACUACUGAAGCACCUAUGGAUGAGGGUACUACUGAAGCCCCUGCAGAUGAGUUUACUACUGGAGCCCCUAUAGACGAGUCCACUAGUGAAGCCCCUGUAGAUGAGUCUACUACUGAGGCUCCUGUAGACAAGUCCACUACUGAAGCCCCUGUAGAUGCGUCUACUACUGAAGCUCCUGUAGACGAGUCCACUACUGAAGCCUCUGUUGGUGAGUCCACUACUGAGGCUCCUGUAGACGAGUCCACUACUGAGGCCCCUGUAGACGAGUCUACUACUGAGGCCCCUGUAGACGACUCUACUACCGAGGUCCCUGUUGGUGAGUCUACUACCGAGGCCCCUGUUGACGAGUCUACUACUGAGGCACCUGUAGACGAGUCCACUACUGAGGCCCCUGUAGACGAGUCUACUACCGAGGCCCCUGUUGACGAGUCCACUACUGAGGCCCCUGUUGACGAGUCUACUACUGAGGCCACUACUGAAGAGUUUACUACUGAGGCCGCUGUAGAUGACUCUACUACUGAGUCCACUAUGGAAGGGUCUACUACUGAGGCUCCUGUAGCCGAGUCCACUACUGAAGCCCCUGUUGGUGAGUCUACUACCGAGGCCCCUGUAGACGGUUCUACUACUGAAGCCCCAGUGGAUGAGUCUACUACUGAAGCUCCUGUAGACGAGUCUGCUACUGAGGCCCCUGUAGAUGAGGGUACCACUAAAUCCCCUGUAGACGAGUCCACUACUGAAGCUCCUGUAGGUGAGGCUACUACCGAAGCCCCUGUAGAUGUGUCUACUACUGAGGCCCCUGUAGACGAGUCCACUACUGAAGCCCCUGUUGGUGAGUCCACUACUGAGGCCCCUGUUGACGAGUCUACUACUGAGGCCGCUGUAGAUGACUCUACUUCUGAGGCCCCUGUUGGUGAGUCUACUACCGAGGCCCCUGUAGACGGGUCUACUACUGAGGCCCCUGUAGACGAGUUCACUACUGAAUCUCCUGUAGGUGAGGGUACCACUGAAGCCCCUGUAGGCGGGUCCACUACUGAAGCCCCUGUAGGUGAGGCUACUACCGAAGCCCCUGUAGAUGUGUCUACUACUGGAUUCCCUGUUGGAGAGUCUACUAGUGAAGCACCUAUAGAUGAGUCCACUACUGAGGCCCCUGUAGACGGGUCUACGACUGAAUCUCCUGUAGACGAGUCUACUACUGAAGCACCUAUGGAUGAGGGUACUACUGAAGCCCCUGCAGAUGAGUUUACUACUGGAGCCCCUAUAGACGAGUCCACUAGUGAAGCCCCUGUAGAUGAGUCUACUACUGAGGCUCCUGUAGACAAGUCCACUACUGAAGCCCCUGUAGAUGCGUCUACUACUGAAGCCCCUGUAGACGAGUCCACUACUGAAGCCUCUGUUGGUGAGUCCACUACUGAGGCUCCUGUAGACGAGUCCACUACUGAGGCCCCUGUAGACGAGUCUACUACUGAGGCCCCUGUAGACGACUCUACUACCGAGGUCCCUGUUGGUGAGUCUACUACCGAGGCCCCUGUUGACGAGUCUACUACUGAGGCACCUGUAGACGAGUCCACUACUGAGGCCCCUGUAGACGAGUCUACUACCGAGGCCCCUGUUGACGAGUCCACUACUGAGGCCCCUGUUGACGAGUCUACUACUGAGGCCACUACUGAAGAGUUUACUACUGAGGCCGCUGUAGAUGACUCUACUACUGAGUCCACUAUGGAAGGGUCUACUACUGAGGCUCCUGUAGCCGAGUCCACUACUGAAGCCCCUGUUGGUGAGUCUACUACCGAGGCCCCUGUAGACGGUUCUACUACUGAAGCCCCAGUGGAUGAGUCUACUACUGAAGCUCCUGUAGACGAGUCUGCUACUGAGGCCCCUGUAGAUGAGGGUACCACUAAAUCCCCUGUAGACGAGUCCACUACUGAGGCCACUAUGGGAGAGUCCACUACCGAGGCCCCUGUAGAUGCGGCUACCACUGAAACUCCUGUUGGUGAGUCCACUACUGAAGCACCUAUGGGUGAGGCUACUACUGAAGCCCCUGUGAAUGAGUUUACUACUGGAGCCCCUAUAGACGAGUCCACUAGUGAAGCCCCUGUAGAUGAGUCCACUACUGAGGCCCCUGUAGACGUGUCUACUACUGAAGCCCCUGUAGAUGAGGCUACUACUGAAGCCUCUGUUGGUGAGUCCACUACUGAAGCCUCUGUUGGUGAGUCCACUACUGAGGCCCCUGUAGACGAGUCUACAACUGAAGCUCCUGUGGAUGAGUCUACUACUCCUACAGUCAUCCUGACUGAGUCUAUGACUACUGGAGCCUCUUCAAUGGUGUCCACCACUGAAUCCUCUAUGAUGGAGGCUACUAGCACUGGAGCUCCGGUAGUUACCAGUGCGCCUUCUAUUGGCGACUUCACUGAUGCUCCUCCCAUCCUCCCAUAA